GUGAAAUUUUGGAAAUGAUGCAAGACCCCAGCCCAUUUCCUACGGAUGGUCUUCUACGUUCCGGUGAAUUUCAUUCGUUGCACUGCGAGUGCGUUCACCUGUUACAGGAAAUUCACAACCAGCAGUAUAUGGCUCCGAACCGAGCGACAGGGUCGGUAGGUUUUCCCCAAGUGAAAAAUCUGACCACUUUCCAAAUGACGUACAUGGAGCUUCGAAGGUGGUUGACGCGCAUUCGAGGAUUAUAUCAAGCAAAGUUUAACUCCUCCCUGUGUCGCUCGGAAUCUUGUCUUCAUCAGUUCCACUGUUUAUUGUCUUUUAAACCUUUUGCGAUCAAGCAACAAUAUCUGCGUGCAUUUGGAUCUCGAGAGACCGAUAUGAGUCGGCUUCAAACACUCGGAGAGGUGUUACUUCGGGAACUAUCUGGAGCUGACAGUCUGGGACUGGACGUCCAGUCAGGCGCGAUAGCCGGUAUCAAUAUUGCGGAUCAACUGGAUGAAGUCAACCGACUGUGGCAAGAUACCACUGCAGGGCUGUUCGCGAGUUUUGGGCGUGAUCAAGUUCGCUGUUUGCGCUACAUUGAAUUGGACGUCCAGGAAAUCGAAGCGCAGCUUCGUUCUAUCAACCGAUGCACAAUGAAAUUAAAAUGCCAGUUUCCUGACCUCUCUUCGACUGAUGCCUUCGUGGGUAUGUCCACUUUGGGAACAGAGCUGAAAAGAAUUCCUGCAGGUGAUGUGGCGCUUGUGUUUCAAGUUGUUCUGUAUAACGCUUGUUUUCCGUUACUUCAGCUUCAGCAUGCCUCUUUGAAGCAAGCUCUUCGGGUGCUCUCCUCUGCUGAUCAGCUACUCAACUUACUGCUCUCUACUGCUAUUGAUCCGGUUAUCCGCGGUCUGGCUGCCACCAUACAUAGUUCUGAGUCCUCACGACCUGGCGGUUAUCUCCAUGAUCCACUGAAAGUGCGCAAUUUAAGCGCAAAGAUAAAUGACUUGGUUCAAGCAGGUUAUGAUAUCUGGCUUACGCAAAUCGAGCUUCGGGAGCGAUGGAAAGUUCGGUCCAGUGGCCGGGCCUCUACUGAUAUGCAUAAUUCGAUGCGGCCGGAACACCAGACAACCUCCGAUUCGCGUGAGUUAUCUGUUGGUGAUAUGAACAUCUGCCCAAUGACGUCUGGAUUUCCUACAGCUCCUCUCGUGAACAAUUGGUUCUCGCCAUCCCAGCGAAAUAAUCCACGUUCCGAGCUGAAAAUUUAUCCUCCACUUUCUCCUGCUCCUCAUCGUCACGGUAACAAAGACGCCUCAUCAUUCAGUGAGAAAAUUGACCAAUGCUCGCCAGAUUCUUGGGCAUUUUCUCCCGCAUACAAGGAGUCAGGUUUUGGGAGUGCCUCUGACGGUACUACGCCGUCAAUGUUUUCAUCCCACCUCAGUUGUUCGGCUUCUGAUCGAUCAGCAUACCUUGUUGAGCCAUUUGUUGCAGAUGAUGCUUUCGUGAGCAUUUGUGCCACACAUCCAAUCAAACCUCGUUCGCUUUCCUUGGAUUGUCUUCGAAGUGCCUGUUCAGUGCAUUUGAUAGGUACUCAGCAGACAGACGACGCUAUGGCGACUCUGACUUCCGACGAUCUUCAGGCCGCAGUCACCCCCGAAAUCGACUUGGCAGACGGCGCCAAGUUUUUCAACACUGAACGGGGCCAGUUGAUAAGCUCCCUUUACAUAGUUCGCUCUAAGUCCCUUCCAGCUGGAAUCGGGGUUCCUCGAUGCCCACGAACGAUCCCCAAGUCAUCCUACUCGCCCAGACGAUCGGUAUUCACUCCCCUCCAAUCCAGUCCUGUACUGUGCGCAUCUACUCCGCACGCCAGAUUUUCAGACUCGCCCGCAACACAUGCGAUCAACAUGGAAGAGCUUGCUUUGGACCUGAGUCGUCACGGGCUGUGUGUCAACCCGGCGGAUUUGGAUGACAGUACAUUUUCCGAUUUACUUCCAUCCACCACAGAAGCCGAUUCGGGUUCGAUGAACACUCCGGUCUCAUUCAGCUUGUUUUCUCCGUCAGUGAACAAACCAGCACACAUGGGUGAGGGCGACGUCUGUAUGGAUAAGUCGGAUCGCGCGACUAGAGAGCGGAUAACCAAUGAUGGGCGUCUGACAGCCAACAAUGAGCUUGAAUGGGAUGAUUCUGGGGAUAUUCGUGAAAUGACCACCAGAUCAGUCUCUUCAGACAGCGGUUUCGGUCUCCAUUCCGUUCCUGCCAUAAACGUAGAAAUUCCGAACCACAUAAUAGACGGCACUCCGGAUACAUUUUCGUGGAAUGUCUAUGAUACCAACCCUCCAUCGGUCAGUCGACAUAGUCAGAGGCGAGCUUCCUUCACUUUUGUGGGUACGCAUCAUGUUGAUUUGGAGCUUAACCAUUGCGCGUCUUGGCACAGUUCUCUAAACUGCACGGAAAACAAGGUACUACAAUCAUCAUCCCAAAUCAAGGACGAGACAAGGACUAGAGACGCCUAUCUUCGGAAAGACCCCAGCAACGCACAAAUCAAACAUGGACUUUCGUCAUCCCGGAACGAUCUAGCGGAUUCCGUCAGCCCUAGCGAAAAACCUAUGCUUACCGGCAGUUCAGAAACACUGUUGAGUUUGUUUACGGGAAAGUCAGUCUUUGGUCCUAGAAACCCCGAUCGGAUUCUAUCACCGGGUCCGUCCACGCAUAAUGCAUUUUUUCCGUUUGACGCUGUGGGAUUGACCAACGGCAACGAUUCGUCUUAUGAUCACGUGUUGUCGACAGCCCGUUCAUUUAUCCGCGUAUUAAGCCAGGCGACGGUCAUGAAUGGCGUAGUCGUACACAAGACCGAUCACGAACUACGUCUAUGGGUUAAUCCGUCCCUUCAUACGACUCCGCGCGGGGUGCUCCCCACCUCAUCAACAGAACUGGUCCAUCUACUGGAAUCACUUCGACAGGAUGCACGUCCGUUGAUCGAUCUGAUGUGUCGUUUGGAUCAAGGUCUGGUUCCCGUGCAUGCGAAUGCGGAAAAAGGACGGACUGUGCUCAAGUCCGCAGAGACCGUGGAUUUGGAACAGGAACGUAUGCAAUUAGAUAUUGACCGAAGCUUUUUAAAGUAUUACGAUCGCUGUUUGGACCGUUGGACUUCUAUUUCGGACGACCUUUGCGACAAAUAUGGUGUUUCGCCCUCCAGGCCCGGAUUUACUCCACCUUCAGACAAUACGCAUUUAUCCGAAAAAUCUAACAACCUCGAGAAUCUCAAUAAAGAUGCCAUUCUGGUGGGCGUUUUCGCCGAUUGGCUGUCUGGCUUGAAAGCCAGACAUGCUGCCCUUCGCCACAAGCUUGAUUCUCGUGCUCUCUGGCUGGAUCACUUGGCUGGACUGAACCACGAAGUAGACCAAUCCCUAUCCGUGCUCGCAGAUCGUGUCAAAAACGCUGUCGAGCGUGCUUGUUCCAUGAUCCAAACAUUGCGCGGUAACUGUUCUGAUCAAACGCAUACGGGGGACGAAACUAGAGGAAUGCCCGCCGACCAGCAGAUGCGUUUCGGACGCACCCAAGUUCUGCAAACCUUGGGCGAGUUAAGGGAACUCGGUGAUCAGGUCUCAACUGUCGAAUUACGUGUCGGAGCAUCACACUUGAUGGAAGACUCGUUUGAUUUAGGCUAUCCGGCAAACCAUCUCCGACACUCCAGUGGCUCCAACCUUUCCAUCGAUAUAAAUAGUUCCGGGCUCAACACCUCUGUCGAUUCACCACCCAAUGAGGGCACGGUACAGCUGUUGUUUCGACAGACAGCCGUUUUAAGACAGCGCCUCAAGUUAGCAAUCAAGCGACUCGAACGAGCCGCUGUUCUGAUUAAACUGGAUUUCCCGGUUGAAGAAUCUCAUUCCAUUACUCCUACCACUUCAUGUUCCACGGUGACGCAAACUGCUCAGUAUGAAGAGGAUGCUCCCGAUCAGCAAGAUUCCCAAAUGCCCACUGAUGAUGGACAUCAUUUAUCCAUUCCAUUAGACAAUAACCACAGCUCUACCUCUAGCAUUUUUUGCUAUCUCGUGCCAUUCCUUUUGGUCUUCCUGUGCGUCUUCCUUGUCCUGUUUGGAAAAUCCCCAGUCCCACCGUUCAGCUUUUCGUGUUAUCCACGCACCGACAUGUCUGUUGUGGACUUCAGUCCCAACUGGUUCGUGCGUCACAUGUUCUGUGUCUACUUUCCGACAAGUGACCGGCAUGUGUGGUAGCAUUUCCUUUUUUCCGGUGAACACAACUCACAGAGAUUUCCCCCUUGUUUUUUUUGGUUCAUUGUUAAUCUUUUGGCAGUCAAUUGCCGUCACCGGGUUCUCAAAUUUCUUAGGAUGACGGGAUAGUGUGUUUGUCCCCGUGAGUAGAAAGUUAACUCUAUUUUACUCAUAUGCUG